AUUAACAUACCAGAUUACAGUCCUACAUCCUCAUGAGCACGUAGGCAGUAUCACACAAUAGAAGAAGGUCAGUUCAAGAUACAUUUAAUCAACGGAAAGACAACAGUAAGGGUCAUGCUGUGUCGCGCCGCCUUAGGAAGGGUGGGGCUUUGGAGAGGUCUGUGUUCCUCCAGCCGACUUCAGGGACAGACUGGCUCAGAGCUGGUCGAUUGCACUGUCACUCCAUACCUCUGCCGCCUGGACACGCCCCUUUCUGAUGUCCCUUACGUAAGGGACCUGACCAAUGAGCAGAGAGCUCUGAAGGAGAAGGAGAAAGGCGAUUGGGGGAAGCUGACCAAGGAGGAGAAAUUGGCUUUGUAUCGACUAGCUCACAAGCAGUCCUACUGUGAGAUGCGUCAGGGUUCAUCAGAGUGGAAGACUGUCCUCGGUGGAGUGUUUUUCAUGCUGGGCUUUUCUGGACUUUUGGUCUGGUGGCAAAGGGUCUAUGUCUUCGGGGAGGUGCCUCACACGCUGUCUCCUGAGUGGAUAGAGAAACAAACCCAGAGGAUGAUCGACAUGCAGGUCAACCCAAUCCAAGGAUUCUCUGUGUACUGGGACUAUGAGAAGAAACAGUGGAAAUAGGGAGCACACACACAUGCUUACACUCUCACUUUGUGCUCUAAACAAUGAAUAUUGAACGACAAACCGUUUGGUAAGCAUUUCUUUAUCAGCAACAGUUAACACGCUUGCACCCCAACAAUGAGACUGCAAAGACACAUGUCUGAAUGCAUUAUUCCUGUUUAAAUCCAAUCUGCUGUUGAGUUGGCGUGUGCUUGGCACGUUGCCAGAAGAAGUGUUGCCCAGCGAGUGCGCAUCAUGUUGAAACCAGCUCAGGAGUUUGUAGGGUGCCUUAAAUAAAUAAACACAUCUACAACAACACUGUCUGUCUGUGGUGGGAGAGCU